AUGAGUGCCACUGGAGCCACUGGAUCUGCUGAUGAUAUCACUGCCCUGGAGAUCCACCAGUGGUACAAAAGAUUUAUGAGGGAGUGCCCAUCUGGAAUGCUUAGUCUCCAUGAGUUUAAGGCACUCCUUGGUCUCCAAGGUAUGGAUCAAGAGGCAAACACAUAUGUUGAGCAAGUAUUUAAUACUUUUGACAUGAAUAAGGAUGGAUUUAUUGACUUUUUGGAGUUCAUAGCAGCAAUAAAUUUGGUUAUACGAGGGAAAAUUGACCAAAAACUGAAAUGGUAUUUCAAGCUAUACGAUGCUGAUGGAAAUGGAUGCAUUGACAAAAAAGAACUAUCAAACAUAUUCAAGGCUGUCCAGGCUAUUAAUGGCCACACUAAUAUGACUCCUGAAGAGUUCACAAACAUGGUAUUUCAAAAGAUAGAUGUGAACAAUGAUGGGGAACUGACUUUAGAAGAGUUUGUCAAUGGUGUGGAAAGCGACAAGAACCUCUUGGAACUGAUUUCAAAAAGUUUUGACCUUUCCAACGUACUCAAAAUCAUUCAGAGCGGGAGGCGUCACAGCGUCUGAGAACAUCUGACUGGAAGUGGAGUCUAUGACAAGCCUGAAUAUUGCAGGAAGGAUAAUAUGUAGUACUUACAAAAAUCUUAAUCUCUUAAAGCACUGUACAGAAAAUAACUGAAGUCAAGCUCUCACAAUAACUU